AUGCUCUCCUCUACCAUAGAGGGGACACCACUUACUCUCCACUUCCCUCCCGAGCUUACCAUUGUUCAUGUCGACCCAAAAGACCUUUCUAACCACCUUGAAGGCAACCAGCUGUCGGGAGAGCUGCCCUCCUUCCUUUACAUGUUCUUUAUCAUGACGGCAGAAAACAAUUACUUCACAGCCGCAGCAGAAGAUUACCCUUUCAACGAGACCGACGACUCAGUCCCAGACAUCUAUCAAGACUACCACAGCGUGUGCCUGUUUCACCACAACUGCCUUGAAGACAUGUCCUAUUGGUGCAGCCCUGGGCCCAAGCAGAGCAGAUCCGGGCGGAACCAGAGGUGUGCCAGCGAGUGCCGGGCGUUCUGUGGGGCGCAGCCGCUCACCCCGCCGUGCAGCGGCCAUGGCGUGUGCUCCUUCGAGCCGGACCCCAAUCACAACAUGACUGCCUGUGAUGAUGAUGAUGAGGAUAAGCUGCCGCCACACUACUGUGAACCCGAGGGCCACUGCGACUGUGAUGAGGGGUACACGCCAGGGCCUGCUGCUGGCACGUGCGUCCCUCACGCCUCCCUCCUGACCACAGGUGGAGCUGAGGGAGCUGGAGGCACGGCUGCUGCAGCUGCAGGCGUUCCAGCACUGGGUGGCAUCUUGACGCCUUUCCUCACACCCUCGCUUCCACCGGCCACUGCAGCCGUGGGGAUGGCUUUGUCUGAUCAGCAGCAGCAACAGCAGAGGCAAGGCGAUGUGCAUGUAUGCGCGGAUGCGGCAGUGCCGAGCAGCGCGGUGCGCAUGGCAUCCCCGACUUGCCUGCCCCAGAGGGUGCUGUCUGCCCCAGUGCAGCGCAGAGGCAGUGCGGGCAGCACCGAGGGGGAGGGUGGGGAUGGUGGAGACAGCAGGGAGGGAUGGGUGGGUGGGGAGGGAGGGGAGGGAGAGGAAGGUGGGGGCGCGGUGAGGUGGCGGGCGCAGGGCAAGCGCGAGCGCAGCCGCAGGAAGGCACGCGGGCUGGCGAUGGACGACAUCAUGCGGUGCACGCCCAUCCUUGCUGCUCGCGGGCUGGUGCGGCGGGAGGGGUGCGGUGGGGCGGAGGAGAUGAGUGGGCGCGAUGGCGAGGAAUUGAGGGCGCGGGAUGGAGUGGGUGUGCGGGAGGGGUGGGUGACGGGGAAAGCAGGGCGCGAGGGCAACGAGGUGGGGGAGGGGAGGGCGGGCAAGAGGAGGGGGGAGGUGGACGAGUGGGAGGAGUGGCACUGGCGGCAGAUGGCAGCUGGGAUGCAUGCAGGUAUGCAUGCAGGUGGAGAGGCAGGGAUGCAUGCAGCAAUGCAAGACAGCGAGACAGCGCUGGGGGCGUUGGGAGUGGCAGGCGCCGCAGGAGGAGGAGAAGGAGGAGGAGGAGACGUCCCCGCUGUGGUGCGCAGUGGCUUUUUUGCUGCAGCAGAGAGGAAGCGCAAGAGGAAGGAGCUGGCGGACGACCAGGAAUGGGAGAGAGUAGUGCGCGGGCUGGAGUGGGACCGUGAUGAGUCAGAUGAGGACGAAGAGGAGGAGGCCUAUGAUGAGGACCAGGCACUGCUGGACGACGACCCUUUCCGCGAGGAGGAUGAGGAGGAGGAGGCCUGUGAUGAGGUCCAGGGGCUGGACGACGACCCUUUCCACGACGAGGAGGAUGAGGAGGAGGAUGUGGAGGAGAUAGCCAUGGAUCAGCAUGAGAGUUAG